AUGAACCACCUAGACUUACCCCCUCUAUCAACUCAGGAUCCUCAUCGCGUAAUCUCCUUCCCAGCCUCGCAGUCCCUGCACGCGUCCACCGCGUUUCCGGAUGCUGCCUCAGGCAGAAAUGCCAUCCCGACGGGGCUUGUCGCGCUGGAUGAGGCGAUCUCCGCACCAGUAACGUUGUCGUCGUCGACGACAAAUGAGCGAAUACGUGAGUCUGGUGAGGGUGAAGUAGAACGGCUAAAAGGCUUGCCUGUUGGACAUGUUACGGAGGUGUUUGGGCCGCCGGGGGCGGGGAAGACUAUGUUGGGGUUGAAUGCUGCUGCUGGUGCGCUGGGAAGAGGGGAGGGAGUUGUUUGGAUAGGUAGGAUUGUCUUUGCUUUUGCUUCAGUUCUUUUAUAUACGGCGUCGCCACUGCCUAGGCCUCGACUGCGCAAACUACUCGAGUUGCAGUCUCCUGCAUCGUCAUCAUCUCCCAGGUCUCUGACAGAAACUCUGACCUAUAUUCGUGCUCCCACACUCCCUCACCUCCUUUCUCUCUUCCAUCAUCCGCCUGCUUCUUUUCCACCCCCAAACACAACUCUCCUUGUUAUUGAUUCUGUCUCUGCCCCUUUUACUCCUUACUUUCCUAACCCCAGUGAUGUCAACCAACCGCAGCAAGCGCAGAGGGAUGUCCAGAAAUGGCUCACAACGCGGAAGUGGAAUGUUAUAAGCGACCUUGCUGCUCAGUUGACGAAGUUCGCGAGCAGGGCGAAUCUGGCAGUCUUAGUUAUCAACCAGACGCAUACCCGGAUUCGGGGACAGGUGAGGGCAACAUUGUCUCCCAUAUUGAGUGGAAGAGGAUGGGAAUCGUGCGUUCGUGCUCGGGUUGGUGUUUAUGGUGAUCUAGGGUAUGGUGUGGAUGGCGGACGUGUGAGGGUUGCAGAGGUUAUGAAGAGGGAUGGGAGGCUUGUCACUGUUAGGGACGUUACAAGCGUAGUGCCUUUUCGGGUUGCAAAUGAUGGAUUGUAUGCUGUUGAGAUGGGGCUCGAAAAUAAUGAAGAGGAAGGCGUCGCUGUACAAGUCAGGGAGAAGCAAGCACAGGAUGAAGAAGCGCUUGAACAGGAGGAGCCAUUGGAGGAGGAACCGGUGGAGGAGGAAGAGCCAGAGCUUGAGGAUUACCAAGCACAAGAGGAGCCUGCAGAGGGAGACCCUGCACAAGAAGAGCCCGCGCAAGAAGGGCCCGCGCAAGGAAAGCCUGACCAAGAAGAGCCUGCACAGGAAGAGCCCGCACAAAAAGAGCCUGCACAAAAAGACCUUGCGCAAGGAGUGUUGGUGCGUGAAGAGCCUCUGCACAAUGGGCACACACAGGAGCACAUAGAGAAGGUGCAGACUCAGGAGAUUCAAGCAGACAACGAGCAAGCACAAGAUGUCUGCUCCGACAUGGCUCAAGAUACUGCAAGUCAGCGAAAGCGAAAGGCAGAGGAGAUUGCGGACAGCCAGGAUGAGGAAGAUUCUGAAGUAGAGUUUGAGUAG